AUGGACGUCGACAGCGACGUUGGCCCCGCUGGCCCUGGCGCUGGCCCUCGAGCUCGCCCCAACCCGAUCCGCAAACUGGCCAGCGACGUCAUUAUCCACCGCCCCUCGAACGCCGUCAAGGAACUAGUGGAGAAUGCGCUCGAUGCCGGAUCGACCAGUAUCAAAGUGACGGUCAAGGACGGAGGGCUCAAGCUCCUCCAAAUCUCCGACAACGGUCAUGGCGUCAAUCGCGCCGACCUCGCCCUACUGUGUGAGCGGUACGCGACGUCGAAACUCGCGGCAUUUGAGGAUCUACAGACCAUUGCGACGUAUGGGUUUCGCGGCGAGGCACUGGCCAGUAUCUCGUACUGUGCCCAUCUGGAGGUAGUGACCAAGACUCAAACGGAUACGUGUGGAUGGAAGGCACAGUAUUCGGAUGGAGAACUGAAGAGUGAACCGCGGCCGACGGCCGCUAAUGACGGAACGACGGUUAGUGCCGAGGACAUGUUUUACAAUAUGCCUCUGAGGCGGCGGGCGUUCCGGUCCGCGUCGGACGAGUAUGCGCGGAUCCUCGAUGUCGUGAGUAAGUAUGCGGUGCAUAAUCCCCACGCUGGAUGGGUAUGCAAGAAGGCUGGCAGCGCUCUGGCCGACGUGAGCACUCCAGCUGGGAGUAAUGCGAAAGCAAAUAUCGGACUGCUGUAUACACCUGCCCUCGCGGCAGAGUUGUUGCAAGUUCCCGAGACCGAGUUUCCCAAUCUCGGAGCAAAGGUUAGGGGGUGGGUUAGUAAUGCCAAUUCCAACUGGGCGCGUAAAGGCGGAUGGCUCUUGUUCAUCAACAAUCGCCUGGUUGACAGCUCCAAGAUCAAAAAGGCCAUUGACGGACUAUACACCGCCUACCUUGCCAAAGGAGCUUCACCGUUCGUCUACCUCUCCCUAGAACUGGACCCCAAGACUGUCGACGUCAAUGUCCACCCCACAAAGUCCGAGGUCCACUUCCUGCGCGAGGACGAGGUGAUUGACGCGGUCGUCGGUGCGGUCGACAAGGCCCUCGCGCAUGCCAACACUUCCCGCAGCUUCACCGUACAGACAUUGUUGCCUGGGGCCGACACGUUUGUCCAGCGCGAUGCGGCGACGCGUCCAAAACCAGCCCCAAACUACAAAGUACGCAUGGACCCUGCGAACCGUACCCUCGACUCGAUGAUAACUGUCGUCGCCCCAUCCCAGAUUUCGGGAUACGACGAACGGCCAACCAAGCGACGUAAUGUCGAUCCCUCGGCCGACGUGCAACUCGUGGAUGAAACGCCAAUGUGGAACGCUCCAAAGGACGACCAAGAGGUCGGAGAGAGCGUGUGCGAGUUUACGUCCAUCGAUGAACUGCGGCGCGCCGUGCACAAGCGCGCCAGUCCUGAUCUGACGGAGACGAUAGCCAAGCACGCUUUCGUCGGCCUUGUCGAUCGCGUCAUGUGUCUCGCCCUCAUCCAGCACCAGACGCGACUACUACUAGUCAACCACGCUGCCAUGGGUGACGAACACUUUUACCAGCUCGGAUUGCGGCAAUUCGGUGCUCUGGGUCGCUUGCAGCUCGAACCUGCGCCGGCUCUGUCAGACCUCCUCCGUUUAGCGGCAGAGGAUGAGCCGCUGGCCGAUCACCGACUUGGCGUCGACGAGGUUGUUGAUAAAUGCACCGCUCUCCUCAUGUCAAAGGCCGACAUGGUCGACGAGUACUUUUCCCUCUCGCUUGCGGACGGCAAGGUCAGCUCAUUGCCGCUCCUGCUCAAGGGGUAUACGCCCAACCUCGACCGGUUGCCACAUCUACUUCUGUGCCUCGCGACGCGGGUGGAUUGGGACGACGAGAAGGAGUGUUUUGAGGGCGUGUUGCGCGAGAUCGCCUUCUUCUACUCCCCCCGGCCCUUUGAUGAGGACGAGGAAGAGGAUCCAGACGAGGCGGCGCACCAGGCCUGGCAGCUCGAGCAUGUCCUCUUUCCCUCCUUCCGGCGGACCCAGUGGCCACGGACCAUGUCCACCGACGUCAGCCAGGUCGCCAACCUCCCCGACCUCUUCCGUGUUUUCGAGCGUUGUUAG